AUGCAUUCUGAGUACAAGAGGCCGAGCGGGAAAGCUUCAAAGGGAAUCGGAUGGAAUACUGGUGCCGCUACCAUCCUCUCGCUCCAACGCUCGCCUCUCUCGACCACGUUGGUCUCUCGUCAUGUCAUAGCUGCAGACGCGCUGGGUACUGAGCUCAAUUUCGCCCAUAUUCAGACCAUGAAGGUUUCUAACUCAGUUGCAACUCAAAAGUUUCGCCUCUGUUUUCACUGCCCGCCGGAGCGCCUCCCUCACAUCUGCGUCGACAAUUUAUUGCGGUUAGAAGACAAGACGGCCGAGCAGAAGAGCUUAGUGCAGAAUUGGAUGGAAAAAAGAUGUAGCAUGUUUCUGCGCAUGCCCCAGCAUCCCUCUUUUCCACUCCUGCCCACUCCUUACCAGCAUCUCGAGUCCACGCUAUCGAUAUUCCCCCCUUUCCAUUCCCAACGAUUCAAUGCAUCCGUCGGCCUUGUCUCUUGGCCAUAA